UUCUGCUGUUGGAGAAGAGGCAGACUCUUGGUGGCUCUGAGGGCCACCAAAUAAGGAAGGACAUCCUUUUUCUCCACCUUAUCUGUGUGCAUGUUAGUGGGCAGAGCAACUUCCUCAUUCAUGGCAGCAUCCCCAAACAUGGCUUGGAAGGGACGAAGGUGCUGCAAAAAGCCGAGAGAUAAAAAAUACUCCCCACACCGUUUCCAGUGUCAUGGAGUGACAAGAAAACAGGUCGUGACAAAGCUCUUCUGGUCCAAGAUGUCUUUUUCUACCUCUGCUCAGCUGGCCUGCCAUACCAAAGACUGGUCAGGUGAGAACUAUGCCAUCAAGCCACAAGCGACAUGCUCAGCCUGGAUGCAUCUAAGCAGAGAGAGAGAGAGAGAGAGAGAGAGAAGAAGAAGAAGAAGAAGAAGAAGAAGAAGAAGAAGAAGAAGAAGAAGAAGGAGGAGGAGGAGGAGGAGGAAGAGGAGGAGGAGGAGGAGGAAGAGGAGGAGGAGGAAGAGGAAGAGGAGGGAGAGGAGGAGGAAGAGAAGGAGGAGGAGGAAGAGGAGGAGGAAGAGGAGGAGGAGGAAGAGGAAGAGGAGGAGGAAGAGAAGGAGGAGGAGGAGGAAGAGGAGGAGGAAGAGGAUGAAGAGGAAGAGGAGGAGGAAGAGAAGGAGGAGGAGGAAGAGGAAGAGGAGGAGGAAGAGGAGGAGGAAGAGGAAGAGGAGGAGGAAGAGGAAGAGGAGGAGGAAGAGGAGGAAGAAGGAGGAGGAGGAGGAAGAAGGAGGAGGAGGAGGAAGAAGGAGGAGGAGGAGGAGGAGGAGGAGGAGGAGGAGGAGGAGGAGAAGAAGAAGAAGAAGAAGAAGAAGAAGAAGAAGAAGAAGAAGAAGAAGAAGAAGAAGAAGAAGAAGAAGAAGAAGAAGAAGAGAGAAAAGAAAAACACUUGGGAUUGAGGCAUUGUGUUCGUGCCCAGCGCUGUGAAAACCCCAAACUGAGCAGAGUAAAAGAUCAGAAGAGGAUCCUCUAAUGUUUAACAAAUGACAAGCUAGCCCAGGGGAAAGACUGCCUGACAGUGGCUUUGCCACCCAUGAACACAUCCUAGUCCCUCCCCUUUGUGAAAUUCAGCCCAUUCCAACAGGUUCUGUCCCGAAGCUUCUCUUUCAGGGUCAGCCUGAUUCUAGGGCAGCAGUUCUCAACCUGGAGUCACAUAUCAUCUAUCCUGUAUAUCAAAUAUUCACAUCAUGACUCAUAACAGUAACACAAUUACAGGCAUGAUGUAGCAAUGAAAUGAUUUUAUGGUUGAGGGUCACCACCACAUGAGGCCACCACACUGUUCUGGGGGAACAGUGGAGAGAGGAAAGGAUUGAGGAAGCCUUCCAUCUGUUCUGCACUCUUCAAAGGGAUGUAUUCACAGAAAGCCUUUGGUCGGUUUUGUUGGGGCUCUUAGUAAAUCUGAGCAGAAACUGCACCAGGAAAUUUUAUCUGGUUUUGUGAUUUUCUGCUUCUCCUGGGUGGAACCAAGACUGGACUCCAUUGUCUAGCCCUGCAUCUGCAGCUAGUUGCCUAAUGGAAACCAGAAGGCCAACAGUUGUCCUUCGAUAGUGUCUCAGGACAGCCAGGACAGAGCACUAGGAGAGGAGAACCCACGAAGGAUAUCAGUGUGCUGGUUUCCAGGGCAAUGUCUCAUUCCGAAGGUUCUAGAAACACAGUUUACUGGAUGAAGAGCUGAAGUGGGGUGGGGUAAGAAUAACAACCACGUUCACUGAAGGGUGAGGGAGGACGGACAGACAUACGAUGGCCAGCAUACAAACAUAACACCCUAAUUAAUGCUUCCCUCUGCUACUGACACUCUCCCUUCACUCUUCUUUCAUAAAAUAAACAAACAAACAAAAAAAUC